ACUUUCAGGCCCGCCCCUGCCCUGGGAGUGGGCGUUCGCUGCAAACUUUGUUUAUGGGACAGUCAGGGAGCCGAGGCGGCAGUGCUGUCUGCCUCCCCGCCGCCUCCGGAGAGCGCCAGCGCCCCAGGCCGCCCCGGGGGAUGUGAGAACCCGAGCCCACCGACCGCCAGCCUUCCACCCGACAGACCCCGGCCCAACCCCACCGCGCGCCCAGCGCCCCUGAGCCCCUCCCGGCCCGACGGCGAGUUCCGGCGGGAGGCGGCCGCCGUGCGCCCUGACUCGGCUUCGCCGCGCGCCCAGAAAAUGAACCCAGCCUCCGCACCCCCGCCGCUCCCGCCACCCGGGCAGCAAGUGAUCCAUGUCACGCAGGACCUCGACACCGACCUGGAAGCCCUCUUCAACUCGGUCAUGAACCCCAAGCCCAGCUCGUGGCGGAAGAAAAUCCUGCCCGAGUCCUUCUUUAAAGAGCCGGACUCGGGCUCGCACUCGCGCCAGUCGAGCACCGACUCGUCGGGUGGCCACCCGGGGCCGCGGCUGCCCGCCGGCUCGCAGCACGUCCGCUCGCACUCGUCGCCCGCGUCCCUGCAGCUGGGCCCGGGCGCGGGCGCGGCGGGCAGCGCGGCGCAGCAACACGCGCACCUCCGCCAGCAGUCCUACGACGUGACCGACGAGCUGCCGUUGCCCCCCGGCUGGGAGAUGACCUUCACGGCCACUGGCCAGAGGUACUUCCUCAACCACAUAGAAAAGAUCACUACCUGGCAAGAUCCCCGGAAGGCGAUGAACCAGCCCCUGAGUCACAUGAGCCUCCACCCCACUGCCUCGUCCACGCCAGCUCCCCAGAGACCCUUGGCCGUAUCCCAGCCGAAUCUUGUGAUGAACCACCAGCACCAGCAGCAGAUGGCUCCCAGUACCCUCAGCCAGCAGAACCACCCUACACAGAACCCACAGGCAGGGCUCCUGACCAUGCCCAAUGCACUGACCACUCAGCAGCAGCAGCAGCAGAAACUUCGGCUCCAGAGGAUCCAGAUGGAGAGAGAGAGGAUUAGGAUGCGUCAAGAGGAGCUCAUGAGGCAGGAAGCCGCCCUCUGCAGACAGCUCCCCAUGGAAGCUGAGACUCUGGCCACGGUUCAGCCUGCUGUCAACCCUCCUGCCAUGACCCCAGACAUGAGAUCCAUCACCAAUAACAGCUCAGAUCCUUUCCUCAACGGGGGGCCGUACCAUUCGAGGGAGCAGAGCACGGACAGCGGGCUGGGCCUGGGGUGUUACAGCGUCCCCACUACUCCCGAGGACUUCCUCAGCAACGUGGAUGAGAUGGACACAGGAGAAAAUGCAGGGCAGACACCCAUGAACCUGAAUCCUCAACAGACCCGUUUCCCCGACUUCCUCGACUGUCUUCCGGGAACCAACGUGGACCUGGGAACUUUGGAAUCUGAAGACCUGAUUCCCCUGUUUAAUGAUGUCGAGUCUGCUCUGAACAAAAGCGAGCCCUUUCUGACCUGGCUGUAAGCUAAAUCAUUGUCACGUGGGUGCAGCCCUGACCUGACAUUUCCUGGGCCUUUGAGGGAAAAGCCAGGGAGCAGAGAAAGUCUACGGGUGGACCUACUCCUACCAUCAUGACUCAUGCUCCCAACUGUCUGUGUCGCCAAUAUAAUCAUUUCCUGGAUUCGAUUGACCUUCGGUUGACCUUCCGUCAAUCUGGUUUUUCAUUUUCUGCAAGUCUGCAGUCCUGCCCGGGAUAGGCUUUGCAGCAUGGUUCCUGCAGAAUUGACUGUGCAGGAUCACUUCUCCAUUUCCCUCCCUUGGCUGCCCCAUCACCAUCUUUGGGGGUGGGAGGCCAUUGAAUUUUCACAUCCAUUGAUUAACAGCCAUAAAGGGCGGGGGUGGGGGGGGCAGUAUCAUUACAAACUGAUCACAGGCAGUGACUUCUGACAAGGGCUUGGUCCAGGAAAUGUAGCUACAAAUGUAGCAGUUUUAAAAACUGCGUUGAUGACACUAAUACCAAAUGCUUUAAACAAGCAAAUAUAUAUAUAUAUAUUUAACUCGAGCUUUAAAAAUCAUUGUAUGGAUAGUAGGUUUCUGCUGUAUGGAAUACAAUGUAGUUUUAAAUCCAUGCUGGUUCUGAUGGUUCUUGUUACUAUGUAUUUACACAGGUAAUCUCUACGGCAGUUUCUCUCACUUCACUUUUCAGCAAAGCAUCUUAGACAACUUGUUCUUCUAGCAGGAGAGAAAUGGUAGCAUUAGUCACAAUUCCUUAUUUACAAAUCUUAUGAAAGAGACCAGCCUGGCACUAAUAGGGAGCAUUUCUGAAACAAACCUCUUUGAAAAUUGCCAGUUGAAUUUGUUGUUUGUUUUUCUAUUGCCACUUAGGGUUUGAUGUUGAUUUUUACCAGGCACUAGCAUUUUGUAGCCAAUGAUAAAAGGCAACCAAAUAUGUUUUGGUCAACUGGGGGCAACUGUAUUUUUUUUUAUUAUUAUUAUUGGAAACUAUCCUGAAAGCAUCAGGACAGUUGUACCUCCCCCCUUGAGUGUUGUCCACUCAUAGCUGUUGCCGUUUGCAUUCUAAACAAUUUUUUUUCUUUACCAGAGCACUGUUCAGCUCUGGCUUAUGGUAGUGCGGGGGAUUGAACCUGGGACUUUGGAGCCUCAGACAUGAGAGUCUGUUUGCAUAACCAUUAUGCGAUCUACCCUCCACCCCCGUUUACACUCUAGAGCCUCGUCAUUGCUGUCAAGAUUUCAAGUGUCUGAAAUAACCUGACCUAUGAAGCUGUUUGAAGGAUGAAGCAGUUCUCUGACUAGUGGAAAACAGGCAAAGCAGUGGAGAGAGUUUUUUUUUUUUUUUCCAUUCAGUCGAGUUGGUUGUUAAGUCUGUUAGCCUAACUCUCUUUGCUGCCUUUGGUAGACAAAGACCUGCCAUAUAUACUCAAUACCUCUUAUGUAAUCAAAACUAUCCCCCCCCCCCCACUUCUGAGGACCGAGAGGGAACACUCCAGCAUGCUGUCUGCCUGCAUUGCCAAUGAAGUCCUACCUGUUUAAUAGUUGGAACUGACAUUAUUUAUAAUCUAUGAAUUGCAUAUAUAUUUUUGAAAGACAUUGAUAAUUCAGGUCUCUGAGAGGAACUUCUCCAUUCCCAAGGGGGUUGACUUGCUGGGAAUCUGAAACCACAGAUUUCCUUCCCAUUGACCAGAAUCUAGAGGGGAUGGGAUCCAUUUUAAUCUUGUUGGAAAGAGAGGCAUGUGAAAAGGUCAGAGAUGAAAGUGUGAAGCAAUGGGGCUGUGCUGGGAAGGAUGCUAGUUGAGGCAUGAAAUUAGACAAGAUUUAGUACUCUAGGAUGAAGACGAGCAGGAGAUAGGUGAGGUGCCCUGAAAGAACAAAGCAGUAAUUUUCUUCUUCUACAGACUUGAUACCCAAAGGAUCUUGUAGAAGAAAAGAAGGCUUUGGUGCACUUUAGGUGGGAGGGGAAACAGGCUGGGCGGCUGAGCGGCUGGGCGGCUGGGCAUGGACCUGUCCGUAUGGAAGCUGAGCUUUAAGUGGACAAGAGCGGAAACCUGCUGUUGUUUCCAACACAAUGAAGUGGUUUCUUUGUUUCCCUGAAAUAGUUGAUAUUCCUCUGAUUCCAUGUCUCUCUCCCUCUCCCUCUCUCAUCAGCUCUGAGAGAAGGGGAGACAGGUGUUUGCGUCGCUACUAAAUUCAGAGGAGUGCUCUCUUUCUUUUCCCCCUGUUAGCAGUAGGAACAGUUGCACAUUCUAAGGAAAAGCAAAAAAAAAAAAAAAAAAAAAAAAAAAGCAAAUAUAUAUAUAUAACCAAACAAACAAAAAAAAAUACAAAAAAAAGGGACCGAACAAAAGUGAACAGUGUUAACUGUAUUUUUAAAAAAAUAUUUUUAUAGACUCAUUUUUCAGGUUUUUAAAUGCAAAGGAAACAUAUUACCCACCCCCUUUUUAAAAAUAGUUAAAACUAUCGAUGAAUUGUAACAAUCAGUUUUUAGAAGUAAUUUCCUAGUAAGCUGUGGCCCUAGAGAAUGAUAGAACUUUUUUUUUUUUUUAGUGAAAUUAGCUUGAACAUUUUAUUAAUGACCAUUACCAGAUAUUUUUCCAGAAUGAAAUGUGGACCCUGAUGAUGUGUUUACUAAUAGAUGAAGCCAGAUAUGAUUUUUGUUUGUUUGUCUGUUUGUUUGUUUUUAAGGCAUCAAAUAUGGUCUUCUGUAGAGAACCAUAAAGUUAAACACUUCAAAUAAAAACAACUUUUCGUAAGAUUAUUUUCUAGUAUUAGACUGUUAUAACCCCUUGAGGAAUUCACGAUAAGGUGCUAUUUACACUAGGUUUCUUACUAUAAAACAAUCACCAAGAUAUCUAGCCUUUUUAGGUCUGAAUCAAUGCAUAACUCUUACCACUUCUUGCAGUAGUCUUGCCAUAAGAAGACAUAUGGGAAUUGAAAACCAGCUUUGAGGUCUUUUUCUUAAGUUUUUGUUGUUGUUGUUGUUGUUUGUUUUUAUUGUUUGCUUCUUAAUAAAAUGUGUUUUCUGGAGGUUAAAUACAUGGUCAAACACCUAUUUGAAAUUCCACGAAAUCAAAGGCGUUGUCAGUGUUUCGCUCAAGUUAUUUAGGAUUUGAAAUGUCACUUCUUUCACGGAAUAGACAAUCGGUGAGAACUAUGAGACACAAUUCAGGGUGCCGGAGUGCUGCCCCCCACAGCGUGGAAGAAGAGAAUCCCUCUGUAGGAGAAGGUGGUUGCAGUGCAAAUUGUGUUCUCAUGACAUAAUUAAAAUGAAAGUGCCACUUUUGUGAGAAACAAUAAGCUGUUACAAAAAAAAAAGGACGGGAAAUUGUAGGUUAGUUGGGAAAAUGGGCCAUUGACAGAGACCGUUCCCCUAACACACUACAUCUACAUGUUAGUUCUUUACCUUUAAACAUGAAAUUUUUACUUCUGCAUUUUUUAAUAUGAAAUAAGUGUGUUUAUUUUUAAUCUAGAAUGCUAUGUGUAUGGAACAGAUACAGCCAACUCAAUCAGGUCAAACCAUUUUACCCAGAGCUUGGUACUAGUUUUGACCUCUCUGAUUCUGUAUAGGACAAAUAAAUGCAAUUGAAUUUCCACUUGGA